UCGCGCACUGGAGAAAUAGUUGAGCGAAAACACUGCGUGCGCAAUACAGGGCUUUGGACGCCAUUUGAGUGUUCGCCAUUCCUCAUGCGUGGUCAGUUAGUAUCAGAUUGUGUUACACUUUCAUCAAAAUGAUAGCUGACCCGGUUCGGGUCCAAACCGAAGGACCCCUUCGAUAUUUGCAAUUUAGGUUGGCGCUUACCGGAGUUCUGUCAUAAUGGAAACCACCGGCAGUGUGCGUAAUUGUUUUGACAGAGACACAACGGGUCCCAUUCACUGAAACCGCAAUAAACUCCGAACAGCUGCCGAUAAAAACGAAUGGACAUAUUAUUCGACUCGGAGAUUCAGAAGGUCAGUUGUUCGUAUUGGGUUGCAUUUGUAUGACGGUGAGAUGACCAACCCUGAACUUCAGGCUAAUCACGAAACGACGGUAUCGUUAACGAUAUGAUGUCGGACUGAAGAGCACUGCAGCCGAUUAAAAGGAUGGAAAGGUGAAGGACCUGUCCUUUUGAGGGUGUUUUUUUUAACCAACAGCGGAGCGACAGUGCUUUGGGGAAAAUGACACCCAUUCUUCUACAUGUGAUUUGUAUGCUGUGUGGAGGUCACAUACUUCAUGCAGGGGCAAAUCGGCCUUCCGCCCCCGUCAAUGUCUCCAUCACACACCUGCGGGCUGACUCGGCGACCGUGUCUUGGAACAUCGUGGACGGAGACGUCGUCAUUGGUUACGCUAUCUCGCAGCAGAGGCAGGAUGGCUUGGCACAAAGGUUCAUCAGAGAGGUGAACACCAGUAGCCGGGCCUGUGUGCUCUGGAACCUGGAUGAGGAUACUGAUUACAUCAUUCAGGUCCAGUCCGUUGGCCUGCAUGGCGAGAGCCAAGCAAGCAAGAGGAUCCAUUUCAGAACACUGGAGAUGUCGGAUCACUUUCAGUCCAGCUUAAUGGACCAAGAUGACCCUUCAGUGGAGGGCCUGGACAUGUCCAGACAGCUGCAGACUGGAGAGAUGGUCAUUAUUAUGACAGUGCUAAUCAUGUGGGCAGCUGUCAUAGCACUGUUCUGCAGGCAGUAUGACAUAAUCAAAGACAAUGACUCCAAUAGCCACAGCAAAGAGAAGGCCAAGCCCCCUUCAGAGCACAGUACUCCCGAGUACCAUAAUGGAGGCCUAUUAGGCAGUAAGUUUCAAAGAACCACAUCAUCAAUCAGUAUCAUCAAGGUCUGACCCAAGCCUCCACUAGGCCAGGGUUCCAGCGUAGCUCCUACCUCUACAUUGGACCUACAACUGACUUGGGCAACCCUUUUUUGUGCCAAGCUCUGACCCCGGCUACUACUAGCCUCUUAUCUGUCCCAGCCCCAGAGAUGUGGCUCAGACACCUACUUGGCACGAGACCCUGUCACCUCUCGCAAUGGCUCCAGUGCCCAUCCAGCUGACCAGGACUCCUCUAACCUGACCCGACCCCUGGAGCUAUGUGAUCCUGCAGGCUACUUUUAGUCUAGCAAGGUGGGGAUGGCCUGAUCCUGAUUCCCACCUGACCCAACAGCACUGGCUUGGCCCCUCCUGAUCCCGUGCAUCAGUUCUUUACUCUGCUGAGCCAAACCCCUCCCAUGAACACUGGUGUGACCUUCUUGCCUGGGCGGAGUGCCACCUUAUCUGAGCGCUGGCCACUCAACUGCACGGCACAUUUAUCUGGCUCAUCAUCACAUUUUUUCAUAAUAUGACUACUUGAGUUGCCUCAAGGCACGCAUAACUGGGUUUGAGUGUCAUGGAUACAUCUAGCUGUGACAUCAUCCAACAGAGACAUCUGACCCCACAUGGACCCCAAUUGGACCCCAAUCCAAGUGGACCUCUGUGUGUGUGAGUGUGUGUGUGUGUGUGUGUGUGUGUGUGUGUGUGUGUGUGUGUGUGUGUGUGUGUUUUCUAUCACACUCUGUAUAUUGUUAUGUGGAGAGUAGAGUAGGCAAAGGAAUCUACUUAUAUACGUGUUAAUGGAACUAUGGAGAAAACUGCCAGAAUUCAUAUUUGCAUUAAAACACUGUCUGAUGAAUGGAUCGAAAUGUGCCUGUCAGAAAAUUGGCAUUUGAUUCAGUUAUAUGCUAAAAUGGGCAUUUGCAGAGAAACAUUGUGAUGUUUUUGAUGUUUACUAGAGGACAGAAUAGUUCAACCUAACAUUAAUAACCCAGAUGGUUCAUUUAGGCCUACAUUACAGAUUGCAUUAAAGAUGUGGGGUAAACAAGAUAUUUAAGUAUGUUGCACUUGGUCUGUACAUUAAAGCACUCUAAAAGGACCUCUGGGCAGUGGGACUUAGUUCAUC